CACGUACGCGAUAAGUUUGUUAUGAUUGUGUGAACGUCGCCGGCUAUCACAUUGCACCUCAGUUGCACAUUUCAGUGAGAUCUCAGUGAUUCCAUGAUAUACUUGUUAAUACAUUCCAUUUUUAUUUAAUAUAAAUUACGAUGUUGCUUGUCAAUUGUGCGCUUCUAUUAAAUUUGUUAUUUGCAUGGUCCGUCUUUGGCGGUCCCGAAGAAGAGCAAGGAGUAAAGUAUGCUGAUAAAUGUGAAGUGUGCAAAGUUGUAGCUAAAGAACUUGAGGCCAGAUUAGACGAAACAGGGAAAACCCAUGAUGUAUUGGAACUAGGAUAUUCUGUAGAUGAUAUUGUACCAAAAAAGAAAAAGGAUUAUAAGAAGUCAGAACUACGACUAUUAGAGAGCAUGGAAAAUGUUUGCGAGCGUAUAUUGGAGUAUAAUAUACACAAAGAACGUACAGAUAGUACAAGAUUUGCGAAAGGAACAAGUCAGACGUUUAAAACACUCCAUGAACUUGUUGAUAGGGGAGUGAAAGUAGAUUUAGGUAUUCCUUAUGAACUUUGGGACAAACCUUCUGUAGAAAUUACUACUCUCAAAACACAAUGUGAAGAUAUGCUGGAGUCUUACGAAGCUGAUAUUGAAGAAUGGUACCAUACGCAUCAGGGAAAUAUUCCUCUAACUCGAUAUCUAUGCUCUGAACGUGUAUUGAAAGAGCAAAGUGAUUCUUGCCUGUAUGAGAAAAAUGAGAACAAAGAUACAAAGAAAGAAAAGAAAAAAACGAAAAAGGUAUCAACUGAUACAGAGAAUGUAAAGGACGAACUACAGAAUGUAAAGCAAGAGUUAUAAAGUGACGAGAAUGCCUCAAAGAACAAAUUUAUGUGGAUACUUUCAUUACUGGACUAGAAAAAAUGUGAUUCUUUAUCACAGAAUGAAAUAUAUUAUGCAAUAGAACGAGAGAAGAGAGACACAAUACUAUAUGUAUAUAUAUAUAUAUAUAUAUAUA